GUGCUGGACGUCGCUGUCGCUGUGAACGCGGAUUUUCAGUUGAACGCAGCAGCUAGCGUGAUGAGGCUAAGCUAGCUACCAGCCAAGCCUAGCCGCCGGAUGCUCCCGCUCGUGUCCUACUGGCCGUCUUGACAUUCCCUCAAACAUUCCUGGACGAAUUCGUGUCGACUGACCAGAGUCCGCGAAUUCGUGUCCAUUCCUGAUCUAACCUUCUCUCUCCCCCCCUCCUCCCUCCUCGUUAGCGUAACUUAGCUAACUAAGCUAACACGGAGAACCGGACUGACGAGAGUUCAGCUUGAGGACCACACCCAGACAAGAUGUCCCUUCAUCAGUUCCUGUUGGAACCCAUCACCUGCCACGCGUGGAACCGCGAUAGGACACAAAUUGCCAUCAGUCCAAAUAACCAUGAAGUCCACAUCUACAAGAAGAGUGGCAACCAGUGGGUUAAGACUCAUGAAUUGAAGGAGCACAAUGGACACAUAACAGGUAUUGACUGGGCUCCCAAAAGUGACCGUAUAGUGACAUGUGGAGCGGACCGUAACGCCUAUGUGUGGUCCCAGAAGGAAGGGGUAUGGAAGCCCACACUGGUCAUCCUCAGGAUCAACCGAGCCGCCACCUUCGUCAAGUGGUCUCCGCUGGAGAACAAGUUCGCAGUUGGGAGUGGCGCUCGACUCAUCUCUGUCUGCUACUUUGAGUCUGAGAAUGACUGGUGGGUGAGCAAGCAUAUCAAGAAGCCAGUACGCUCCACCAUCCUCAGUUUGGACUGGCAUCCCAACAACAUCCUGUUGGCUGCCGGAUCCUGUGACUUUAAAUGCAGGGUGUUCUCAGCCUACAUUAAGGAGGUGGAAGAGAAACCAGGCCCGACACCCUGGGGCAGCAAGAUGCCAUUUGGGGCUGUGCUAGCAGAAUUUGGAGGAGCGGGUGGAGGGGGUUGGGUCCACUCUGUGUCUUUCUCAGCAUCUGGAAACCGCCUGGCCUGGGUCAGCCAUGACAGCACUGUCACCGUGGUGGACAGCUCCAAGACUGCCAGUCCUUCACAGCUGAAGACGGAGUUCCUUCCUCUCCUCAAUGUCAUAUUUGUUUCAGAGAACAGUCUAGUAGCUGCGGGCCACGACUGUUGCCCCAUGCUGUUCCGUUGCGACGAUGGUGGAACGCUGACAUUUGUGUCAAAGCUCGACCUCCCCAAGCAGAGCAUCCAGAGGAACAUCUCCGCCAUGGAGCGCUUCAGGAACAUGGACAAGAGAGCCACCACCGAGGACCGCAACACCGCCCUGGACACACUGCACCAGAACAGCAUCACCCAAGUGUCUAUCUAUGAAGGAGACAAAAGGGAAUGUCGCAAGUUCUGCACCACAGGCAUCGAUGGAGCAAUGACCAUUUGGGACUUCAAGAGUCUAGAAGCUUCUAUCCAGGGUCUCCGCAUCAUGUGAAGAAAUCGUGUAAAUGAAUGAAGAAAACGCAGCAGGCCUCACUUCUCCCCCUCCCUUCCUCUCCACCCUGUCCUCCCCCCUCUCCACCCCCUCGCUCCUGCGACGCAGCCAGUAACACACACAACUGACCACCUAAUCGAGUGUCUGCUUAAGCACUGAUCAGAACGUAACACACUAUUGUGGGUGUGUGCAAGCACAUCUCACGCACACACACACACUAAAGUACACAAACACGCAUACACUACACACACACACACACAAACACUGAGCUGACAUCUGAGUGUGACAUCACUGUUGAUUUUUUUUUUUUUUUUUUUUUUGGUUUGUUUUUAAAUGAAGGUUAACCCGGUGUCAAAGUAGGAAGGUCCUCUGACACGUAUUAAAACGUGACGUGAAAUGUGUGUUUUUAUGUUCUCUAACCUCCUGUACCAAAAGUUGAACACUAAAAGGUGCAUUUUAUCCAGAAGUCAGACUGUAUUUCACCUUUAGAUCAACCUCAACAUGAUCUCUGAAUAUCGAUGUUUAGUAGAACGGAGGACGUGAUGCUUUACUUCCUGGUUCUCCAGCAGGUGAAGUCAUUGUUUAGACGAGGACCCAGGUUAUUGAUAUUCUGAGGUCAUGUUGCUGGUUGGCUGUAGAGCGCUGUACAGGAUCUGAUGGUGGAGAGAGAAAGCAGCUGUGUGCGGAGUCCCGGCUGACCGGCACUAGGCUCUGUAGCUACCACACUAAAACCACACAAGAUGGAGGAUUUCUAUGUAACCGAUCAUGAGGUAGACAUGAAAUAAAGAUGAAGUACAUUUAAAGUACACAACUCA